AUGGCGACGCUACGCUUGGUGCUGAAGCAAGCGAAGCGGACUGUUGACUCAACGCAAGGAUCCUUCAUCGGAAAAGGUAGCUGUGGGCAUGUAUACAAAGGGAUAAUUGAGAGCACUGGCCAGUUGCUGUUAAAAGACUUAAUCAAAAUGGUUCACAAGGGGACAAGGAGUUUUUGGUGGAGAUUCACAUGCUUUCUCUGCUGCGUCACCCUAACCUUGUCAAUUUGGUCGGUUACUGUGAUGAGGGGUCCUGAGACCUUGGGUUCCUUGGAAAAUCGCCUCCACGAUCUUACACUUGACAUGCAACCCCUGGAUUGGAUUACUAGAAUGAAAGUAGCAGAUGGUACAGCUAAGGGUUUGAGUUACCUGUACCACCAGGCGAAUCCACCGGUCAUUUACGGGGAACUGAAAUCAUCUAAUAUAUUGAUGGAUGAUGGGUUCCUCCCUAAACUUUCUGAUUUUGGAAUUGCAAAGUUUUGUCCAAAUGAGGAUAAGACUCAUAUUACUACUAGGCUCAUGAGUACUUAUGGAUACUUUGCACCUGAAUAUGCUGAAACUGGAAAACCUACGAUGAAGUCAGAUGUUUAUAGUUUUGGCAUAGUCUUGUUGGAGAUAAUCACUGGAUGUAGAUCACUAGAUGAUAAUCGUGAAAUUGGGAGGCAUGCACUUAUUAAUUGGGCACGUCCUUUUUUGAAUGAUUGCAAGAACUGUGUGCAGUUGGCUGAUCCACAACUGAAUGGAGAAUUUCAAGAAUCCGUGUUCUGCAUGGUCGUUGACAUGGUAUUAAUGUGUGUAAGAGAUGAUGCCCCAUCUCGGCCUACCAUGACUCAAGUGGCUGCUGCUAUGGAUUAUUUGGCGUUGUGA